AUGGACGACCCUUCCCUUUUUCCAUCCAACGACCACCGGGUCCGUCGAUCCGGUCACUGGCACGAGUACCGCGAGAUUAUCGAACAACUCUAUCGCACCGAUCAAUUGAAACUACGAGAUGUGAAACGUAUUAUGGAGCAGGAAUACAAGGAAAAACAGUACAAAGAUCGUCUUGCGGCCUGGAACGUUCGAAAAAAUAUCAAAGCCGCUGAAUUCGAAAUCAUGAUUCACAAAAAGCAAAAGAGUGCCGCCCAGGGCAAGCGAACGGCCUUCCGCAGGGCCGGCCAUGUUGUUGAUGACAGGCGAAUUGCCCGCUUUGCUCGUCGCUCUUGUGCCUCAUGGGUGCGGCAUCGGGAUCAAGACACAGAACUGCGAAGUCCCGAACCGGCAACAGAGACCCCUUCCAAUAUGUCGUGCUAUACGCCUGAACCUGAACAAAAAGGAGCUACAACGGCAUCACCGCCAGAUCAGCCUUCUCCAACGAGGGAAGUUCCUCCUUUCCCCCUGAGUUGUGAUGCCAGCAAUAUUGAGACUAUGUCCGAUCUAGUCAUUGAUGACGAUCGACCCUAUCAGAUGAUUAUGCAUAAUACGAAUAGUCGAAAAAACAGUUUUUCAUCGGACCAUGUCACUCACGCAGGUGCUCACUUGGUAUCUCAUUCGAUUCACACGGCGACUCAGCCUUUGCUCCCUUCACCCAGCUCCCCGGCCCUUUAUUUAUUCCACGAUAAUCAUCAUCCCGGCCAGCACGCAACUGUAGCCUCUGCCUCUGUUGUACCGUUUGUGCCCGUUCACCGGGGCGAUAUUGAUCCCCCCGGCGAGCUGGUCACCAACUCUGAUGACUGGAACCGCCUCGAUGCUUUUCAGACUCGACUCGAAGGUCUGCAACACACUCUCAACCUGACAAUGUCCAAAUGGGACCGGGAACCUGACCCCAAUAUAGAGUUUACUAAUCACGAGGGGCUCGGGAUGUGA